AUGUUUCUGAGCAAGAUUGUGGAUGCCAUCACUGGGAAAAAGGUGAAAGGAACAGUUGUGUUGAUGAAAAAAAAUGUUUUGGACUUCACUGACAUAAAGGCCUCAGUUGUUGAUGAAGUUGUUGAAUUCCUUGGCAAGAAAGUCUCUUUCCAGUUGAUCAGUAGUUCUGUUCAUGAUGAUCCUGAAAAUGGAUUACAUGAAGGGAAACUCAGCAAUCCAGCAUACUUAGAGAAUUGGCUUACCCACAUCACCCCAAUAAUAGCAGGGGAAUCAACUUUUAGUGUUACAUUUGAAUGGGAUCAUGAAGAGUUUGGAGUUCCAGGAGCAUUCAUCAUCAACAAUUUUCAUCUUAAUGAGUUCUUCCUCAAGUCACUCACACUUGAAGAUGUUCCUAAUCAUGGCAAAAUCCAUUUUAUCUGCAAUUCUUGGAUUUAUCCUGCUUCUAAAUACAAGUCUGACCGCAUUUUCUUUGCGAAUCAGGCUUAUCUCCCAAGUGAUACACCAGAACCGUUGCGGAAGUACAGAGAAAACGAACUAGUAACCUUAAGAGGAGAUGGAACCGGAAAGCUUGAGGAAUGGGACAGGGUUUAUGACUAUGCUUAUUACAAUGACUUAGGUGAUCCAGACAAGGGCAAAGAGUAUGCCAGGCCUGUCCUAGGAGGAUCCUCUGAGUACCCGUAUCCUCGUAGAGGUAGGACAGGCCGUGAACCAACCAAAACAGAUCCUAAUUCCGAGAGCAGGGUUCCAUCACUCAUGAGCUUAGACAUAUAUGUGCCAAGGGACGAACGAUUUGGUCAUGUGAAGAUGUCAGACUUCUUGACAUUUUUUUUAAAAUCCAUUAUGCAGACCUUACUCCCUGGGUUUGAGGGUUUGUUCGAUAACACGCCUAAUGAGUUUGAUAGCUUUGAGGAUGUACUUAAACUCUAUGAAGGAGGAAUCAAGUUGCCUGAAGGCCCUUUGUUGAAAACCAUUACUGAUAGCAUUCCCUCGGAGAUACUAAAAGACAUCCUUCAAACUGAUGGUCAAGGCCUACUUAAGUACCCAACUCCUCAGGUUAUUCAAGAGGAUAAAUUUGCAUGGAGGACGGAUGAAGAAUUUGGGAGAGAAACGUUGGCAGGAACCAAUCCUGUCUUAAUCAGUAGACUCCAAGAAUUUCCUCCUAAAAGCAAUCUGGAUCGUAACAUAUAUGGCAACCAAAACAGUACAAUUACCAGAGAGCAGAUAGAGGAUAAGUUGGAUGGACUAACAGUUGAUGAGGCAAUCAAGACAAACAGGUUAUUCAUAUUGAAUCACCAUGACUUCGUUAUGCCAUUAUUGAGGAGAAUUAACAUGUCGACAAACACAAAGACCUAUGCCUCAAGAACUCUUCUCUUCCUGCAAGAUACUGAAACUUUGAAGCCAGUAGCAAUUGAACUAAGCUUGCCACAUCCAAAUGGAGAUCAAUUUGGUAUUGUUAGCAAAGUAUAUACACCUUCUGAUCAAGGUGUUGAAGGUUCUAUCUGGCAGUUGACCAAAGCCUAUGCAGCAGUAAAUGACUCGGGCACUCAUCAACUCAUCAGUCACUGGUUAAAUACACAUGCAGUGAUGGAGCCGUUUGUGAUUGCAACAAAUAGGCAACUAAGUGUGCUUCACCCUAUUCAUAAGCUUCUCCAACCUCAUUUCCAUGAUACGAUGAACAUAAAUGCUUUAGCAAGACAAACCUUGAUCAAUGGUGAUGGAUUUAUUGAGAAGUUCCUUUUUCCUGCCAAAUAUUCCAUGGAAAUGUCAGCAGUAGCUUACAAAGAUUGGGUUUUCAAUGAACAAGCACUUCCUGCUGAUCUCAUCAAAAGAGGAAUGGCUGUUGAGGACUCGAUAUCCCCAUUUGGCAUUCGCUUGCUGAUUCAGGACUACCCAUAUGCUGUUGAUGGUUUGAAAAUCUGGUCAACGAUCAAAAUUUGGGUAACAGAAUAUUGCAACUUCUAUUACAAAUCAGAUGACACUGUACAGAAAGACAAUGAACUCCAAGCCUGGUGGAAGGAAAUUCGCGAAGAAGGACAUGGUGACAAGAAAGAUGAGCCCUGGUGGCCUAAAAUGCAAACUUUGCAAGAGCUCAUUGAUUCUUGCACCAUCAUAAUAUGGAUAGCUUCAGCACUUCAUGCCGCAGUCAAUUUUGGGAAUUACUCUUAUGGUGGUUACCUUGUUAAUCGCCCUAGUUUAAGCCGAAAAUUCAUGCCAGAACCUGGAAGUGCUGAAUAUGAAGAACUCAAGAUAAAUCCAGACAAGGUAUUCCUUAAAACAGUGGUUCCUCAGCAGCUGACACUGCUUGGCAUGUCCGUCUUAGAACUCUUGUCAAGGCAUGCUUCGGAUACACUUUACCUGGGGCAGAAUGAUUCACCUGAAUGGACAAAGGAUCAAGAACCACUUUUAGCUUUUGAGAGGUUUGGAAAGAAGCUGAGUGAUAUCGAGAAUCAGAUUAUACAGAUGAAUGGUGAUCAUAAAAAAUGGAAGAACAGGUCCGGGCCUGUUAAAGUUCCAUAUACCUUGCUCUUUCCCACAGGUGAAGAGGGACUCACAGGCAAAGGAAUUCCCAACAGUGUGUCUAUAUAAAACUUAGUAUUGAAUCCCCUUGUUGUGCUUGUU